AUGAAGACCUUAUUCUUAUUGGGCCUCAUCGCCCUCACCGCCGUCAGUGUCUACUGCGAGGAAGAGGAAAAGACCGAGAAGAAGGAGACCAAGUACGGAACCAUCAUCGGUAUCGAUCUCGGAACCACCUAUUCCUGUGUUGGAGUCUACAAGAACGGACGUGUUGAAAUCAUCGCUAACGACCAAGGAAACCGUAUCACCCCAUCGUACGUUGCCUUCUCUGGAGAGCAAGGAGACCGUCUUAUCGGAGAUGCCGCCAAGAACCAGCUCACCAUCAACCCAGAAAACACCAUCUUCGAUGCCAAACGUCUCAUCGGAAGAGAUUACAAUGACAAGACUGUUCAAGCCGAUAUCAAGCACUGGCCAUUCAAGGUUCUCGACAAGAGCAACAAGCCAUCCGUCGAAGUCAAGGUUGGAGCUGACAACAAGCAGUUCACCCCAGAAGAAGUCUCCGCUAUGGUUCUCGUCAAGAUGAAGGAGAUCGCCGAGUCCUACCUCGGAAAGGAAGUCAAGCACGCCGUCGUCACCGUCCCAGCUUACUUCAACGAUGCCCAGCGUCAAGCCACUAAAGAUGCCGGAACCAUCGCUGGAUUGAACGUCGUUCGUAUCAUUAACGAGCCAACCGCCGCCGCCAUCGCCUACGGACUUGACAAGAAGGACGGAGAACGCAACAUCCUCGUCUUCGAUCUUGGAGGUGGUACCUUCGAUGUGUCCAUGCUCACCAUUGACAACGGAGUCUUCGAGGUCUUGGCCACCAACGGAGACACUCACUUGGGAGGAGAAGAUUUCGAUCAACGUGUCAUGGAAUACUUCAUCAAGCUCUACAAGAAGAAGUCCGGAAAGGAUCUCCGCAAGGACAAGCGCGCUGUUCAGAAGCUCCGUCGUGAAGUCGAGAAGGCCAAGAGAGCUCUCUCCACCCAACACCAAACCAAGGUUGAGAUCGAGUCCCUCUUCGACGGAGAAGACUUCUCUGAAACCCUCACCCGUGCCAAGUUCGAGGAGCUUAACAUGGACCUCUUCCGCGCUACCCUCAAGCCAGUCCAGAAGGUUCUUGAAGACUCUGACCUUAAGAAGGAUGACGUUCACGAGAUUGUUCUUGUCGGAGGAUCUACCAGAAUUCCAAAGGUUCAACAACUCAUCAAGGAGUUCUUCAACGGAAAGGAGCCAUCCCGCGGAAUCAACCCUGAUGAGGCCGUCGCCUACGGAGCCGCCGUUCAAGGAGGAGUUAUCUCUGGAGAGGAAGACACUGGAGAGAUCGUUCUUCUCGACGUCAACCCACUUACCAUGGGUAUCGAGACUGUCGGAGGAGUCAUGACCAAGCUUAUCUCCCGUAACACCGUCAUCCCAACCAAGAAGUCUCAAGUCUUCUCCACCGCCGCCGACAACCAACCAACUGUCACCAUCCAGGUCUUCGAAGGAGAACGCCCAAUGACCAAGGACAACCAUCAGCUCGGAAAAUUCGAUCUUACCGGAAUCCCACCAGCACCACGUGGAGUCCCACAAAUCGAGGUUACCUUUGAGAUUGACGUCAACGGAAUCCUUCACGUUACCGCUGAGGAUAAGGGAACAGGAAACAAGAACAAGAUCACUAUCACCAACGACCAAAACAGACUCAGCCCUGAAGACAUCGAGCGUAUGAUCAACGACGCCGAGAAGUUCGCUGAGGAUGACAAGAAGGUCAAGGAGAAAGCUGAGGCUCGCAACGAGCUUGAGUCUUACGCCUACAGUCUUAAGAACCAGAUUGGAGACAAAGAAAAGCUCGGAGGAAAGCUUGAUGAGGAUGACAAGAAGACCAUUGAGGAGGCCGUCGAUGAGGCUAUCUCUUGGCUCGGAUCCAACGCUGAUGCUUCUGCUGAAGAGCUCAAGGAGCAGAAAAAGGAGCUCGAGGGCAAGGUUCAACCAAUUGUUUCCAAGCUUUACAAGGAUGGAGGAGCCGGAGGAGAAGAGGCUCCAGAGGAGGGAUCCGACGACAAGGACGAGCUCUAA